GCUCACACGUUGACAACUUCAGAGAGCUCAACCCACUGGAGCCAUGGCAACAGGGGAUCCAGAUGUAUUCCCAUCUCAGGAUGUGAAGCAAAGCACCAAGCCCUUGGUGAAGGGCAUGGCAUCGCCAAGGAAGGCAAAGAUCACACUCAAUGCCAUGAAGAUGUUAGAUCCUCGUCACCUGAAACCUGACAGCAUGGAGACAGACAGAAUCAUGAAUGUUUUGGAUGAGACAGCUGCCAAGCUGGAGAUGAGCAGUUUGAUCCCACGUGUGAUUGACUCUCUCGAUAGGUUUGCUGAUAUGCUGGGUCCUGAGAUCACAAAGAACCUGCUGGAGCUGCAAGAGCUUUCCAUGGAAAUGGAGUGCCUGCUUGCCAGCUCUGGGGAAGAGACCACGAAAGCUGAGGAACAACGGGGCCGUCUCUGCUUUCUAGAGCAGAGCCUGAAAUGUUCCAUUAGAAAUGUGCUGAGACUCUUCCUGGCCAACCCUUCACUUCUCCAGGCUCUGAAACCCAAAGCUGGGGUGGCAGACUCACCAGCUGAAGUGUUUGUCAGAGCCUUCGGGGUGUUCAGGAAUUUCAUGCUGGAGAGACUCCUGACUAGUCCUGUGGAAGAGGAAGGAAAGAUCCAGUUUGUGGCAGACAUCUCCCUCCAGAUUAAGAAGCACGCUGAAGCAAUCACAGCCCUGCAGGCAAAGCUGGCAGCAGCAAUUCAGACGCGAGAGGAUGAGAUUAGCAAGAAGGACAACAUGAUCAAAGACCUCAAAACCAGAAUUCAAGAUCUGGCCAAAGACUCCAAGAUCAGCAUGCAGAGGAUCAAGGAGGAAGGGGAAAACCAGCAGAAGGUGGAGCUGCAAGCCUCCCAGAGCAGGUGUGCUGGGCUGCAGCAGGACAUUGAGCAGCUACAGAGACAACUCACUACACUUGUGGUGGAGCACCGAGCAUCUGAGCUGAUGCUCAGGAAGAGGAAGUGCCGACUGGAGAUGGAAAUUUGGAACUGGGUCCAGAAAUACGACACAGACAUGGCAGAAAAACAGGCUGAGUAUGAGGAGGUUGAUGCUGCCUAUGCCGAGGAGAAGGCCCAGCUGUCCCUGCUGACAGAGAAACACGCUCUGCUUCUCCAGGAGUACACCCAGAUCGAGGAGGAACGCAAGAUGCUUCGGGAGAAGGAGGAGGAGGCUUUGAAGGAGCUGACCACCAAGAACCGCGCUGCUGCCCGCAUCCAGGCCCUCUGGAAAGGCUACUUGGUCCGGCGCCUCUACAGGCCAAAAAAGAAGAAAGGCAAGGGCAAGAAGGGCAAGAAGGGCAAGAAAUAAAGCACAAAAUCUAUUCUCCUUCCU